GGUGUAAUCAAUCGAUGAAAAAUGGCGAACGAGGUGGUAAAUGCACCAAAUAAAACAUGGGAAUUAAGUUUGUACGAACUGCACAGGACACCCCAAGAAGCAAUAACAGACAAUACCGAGAUAGCAGUGUCACCCAGAAGUUUGCAUAGUGAAUUAAUGUGCCCAAUAUGUCUAGAUAUGUUAAAAAAUACUAUGACCACAAAGGAGUGUUUACACCGCUUUUGUCAGGACUGCAUAAUAACUGCACUUCGCAGUGGCAACAAAGAAUGCCCAACAUGUCGCAAAAAACUUGUGUCUAAGAGGUCUCUUAGACCUGAUCCUAACUUUGACGCUUUGAUUUCUAAGAUUUAUCCCAGCAGAGACGAGUAUGAGGCCCAUCAGGCCCGAGUUCUUGCCAAACUAAACAAACAACAUAGUGCAACGGCUCUUACUAGCAGCAUUGAAGAAGGAUUGAGAGUCCAAGCUUUAAGCAGACCACAAAGGGUUAGAAAACAUGCCACAGAGCCAGAUUUGUCCCGCUUGGAAACUGCAAGUAAUGCUUCCAGUGAAAACACACCUCUAAAGAGACCAAAGACAUUGUCCGACGACUCUAGUGCUGAAAACUCCCUCGCAGAGGCAGCAACAGAACCCACCCCCCUCCCAGAGUUACCUCAACCAGUGGGAGAUAUAGAAUUAAUAUUCAGACCAUUACCUUUGGAAAAUGAAUCGCCUGACGAUUCUCAAAUUCGUUAUAUAAAAACAACAGCUAAUGCAACUGUGGACCAUUUAUCAAAGUACCUGGCAAUAAGACUCUCGUUGGAAUCCAAAGUAGUUGAUGCAGGAACAAGUUCAUCAGGUGGAGAGAGUAAAUACACAAUUUACAUUGCAAGUAACCCUGGAAACUACACAGCUCUCAGUGGUGCUAUGACCUUGGAACAGGUCAAUGACAAAUACUGGCGUAUCAACAAGCCGCUGGAAAUGUUUUAUGCAGUGCAAAAAAAAGUAGACUCACCAAAGAAAUCAGAAAAAGUUGAAAAGUCAGAAAAAUAACUCUUUUUUUCUAAAAUCAUUACAUGUACAUCAUAAUCGGUGUUAACUGUUCUCUAGCAUAUUGCCAUAAAGCAUUCAUUUAGUUUUCUCUUGUCAUGUGCAGGCAACUUACUCAGUUGGAAAUUUGAAUUGUAUAGUUUGCAUGAAUUUUGUUUGAUAAUAGUUAUAAAUGGCUUAGCAGUUAUAGAUUUUUUGUAGUGAAACAUAUAUGCUUUAAAUUUUGUCAUUGUAUAUUAAUUCAUAUACUUUUUUGCCAUCCCAUCUCUAAGAACCUUUUUAGUUAAGUGUGCUUAUUAAAUCUUAAUCUAAAGAACCUUUUUAGUUAGGAGGGCAUAUUAAGUCUUAUUCUGAUGUUGAAAAGAUCUUUUUUAAAUCCUUGUCCCUCAGACCAGGUAAAUAUCUAAUUAAAAACAUAUCUUUAAAAUUGACUUGCUACAAUCCCUUGAUUUUCAUAAUUGAAUCUCCCCCCUUUUGUCAACUCCAUGAUGCCUCAUGUUUAAACAUCGCAAUGCUUUUUUGUUUUUUUUUUCUUUUCAUAUUUUGUUACUGUUUGAUUGAUGAAAAAAUGUAAGGUUGUGUAUGAGAUAUGUAAAAGAUUGUUUUAUCUCUGAUUAUAAGUGAGUAACACUGUCUCUGUACAUGACCAAUCCAUGACAUUCAUAGGUACAACUUAACAUUAAAAACACUCAAAUAUUGUAGUUCACAUGUAUUGCAUGCAUGACUGGUUUUACAUUCAUGUGUGUAAUAUAUGCAGUGAAUAAAGAUAUUGCAUAAUGUAAAAAUUAAAUGUACAUAUAUAAAAUAAAUCCACAAACUAAUUA